AUGCCUAGUGAGGAAGCGCCAAGAACUGAAGAUUCUUCUUCUAUUCCAUCUGCUGCUGAUCCUAAUCCUGAUCCUGAUCCUGAUGGUGGUGGAAGAAGCUCUUCUCCAACUCCAACUGCAAUUAGUUCAGCAGAAGAGCAGCGGACAAAUGAAGUAGUUAGUUGGAAUGAGGCGGCUGCUCAAGCUCAAGUACGUGGAGCACUUCAAACUGAGCUGGAGACGGUGUGCCGUGAAAACGAGCAAUUAGAGAAGAACCGAGAGAGCUUGUAUUCGCAACUGAUGCUCGAAUUCGACAAGGAGACACAGCAAGCUAUCGCUGAGACACGUCGCAAGUAUGAUGUGAAAAUCCGGGAGGCUGAAGCCGAGUACAAGUCGAAAAGAGACGAAAUGGAGAGAAGAAGGAAGAUGAUUUUGGCGCAAAGACAUUCAGCCGAAGCUGCGAGAGCCCUGCGCUGGAGUGGCAGUUCAUCAUCCAUCAAGCAGCCCAGCAGCAGCAGCAGCAGCAGCAGCAGAGCCAUGGUGAUGCACCCCUCCUCCCAGUCCCAGUCGCAGUCCCAGUCCCCUGCUCCAGCCCUGCCGAUCAGUACUAGUCCCUGGCUUCAUCCGUCCCAGUCCCCUGCCCCUGCUUCUUCUUCUUCAUCUCAGCUGCGCCCCCCUGCCCCUGCUUCUUCUUCUUCAUCUCAGCUGCGCCCCCCUGCCCCUGCUUCUUCUUCUUCAUCAUCUCAGCUGCGCCCCCCUGCCCCUGCUUCUUCUUCUUCAUCAUCUCAGCUGCGCCCCCCUGCCCCUGCUCCUGGGCAAGGUGCGGUUACUGCGACAGCUCCUCCGUCGUUCAGACAACCUGUACGAGCACCGCCGCUCAGCCCCAUACCCCUAGUUAUCAGAAACAUUACUUCCUUAGGCAAUAACAACAACAACAACAACCGGAUCGUGGGCCGAGUGAUCCGUGCUCCAGCACCACACCUUCGGGCAUGGAGACCUAGACCACCACCACCACCACCAUCAGUGACCAGCUCCCAGCGUUACACCGUGCAGCCAUCGCAGCAGCAGCUGCCAUUAGUACCAAUGUACUUGAUUGAGGAUUAG